CUGAAGACUUGAGAAAUACUGGUUUUUUUUUUUUUCAAUUUUUAUUUUGUAAUAAUUAAGCUAUUGUUUUGGAAUUUUAACUCUAAAAGUCAAAGACUCUAAACUCAUCAUUUGGAAUAUAAAAAAGUUACAUACUUUGUGUUGUUUUCGUGAAUUUGAAAGAGAGAGAGAGAGAGAAAAAAAAAAAAAAAGGAAAAUGGGAAGUUGUGUUUCAAAGCAAGGAAGCUUUGGGGUAUUUGCAAAGAAGAAAAACAGGAAGAUUUUGAGGAGAAGAAGGAUCAUUAAAAAGAGGGUUUCUUCUCGUAAGCUUGAGAAUGGGGACUUUUGUGCUGCUUCUAAGGACCUUUCUCGUGCUAGUUCUACAAUCCAAGUGACAGGAAGUUCAGACUUGGCAUGGCGUGAUUGUUGUUCAGUGUUUGAGUCAGAAUUGGAUGAUGAUUUUUAUAGUCUCCAUGAUGAUGUAGUCUCUGUGACCGGCUCUGAAAAUGUAUCUGUAUUGAGUGUGUUGUCUCCUAGAGAUUUGAGUCUAAUAAGCAAUACUAAUUCUCAAUUGAAGGCCAACGAUAAUCCCACCGAGGGGACUCCAAUAUGUGUGGAUGAGAUUUCUAGUGAAAGUACUCGUGGGGAUGAAAAGCACGUAGUGCAACAUAUCGGACUUCUCCCAAACACUUGCUUGCCUUGUAUUCCUUCAACUGCCCCUUCACUAGAGAAAAAAAGAUCAUUUAACCCAAGUACACUUAGUUCAAGGAAGAAAGCACAUCUGAAACUACCCUUUAAAUUGAGGGAGGGACAUGCAAAUCCAACAUUAGUUUCUCCCAAGGUGCCCUUGCAAAGACUGGUAGCUGGUAUCUCAGUCCCAUACUGUCCAAAAGAGAAGAACAUGGCUGAUUGUUGGUCUCCUCUAGAGCCAAGUUCUUUCAAGGUCCGUGGCCAGAACUACUUUAGGGACAAAAAGAAGGAAUUUGCUUCAAAGUUUGCAGCAUUUAAUCCCUUUGGAGUUGAUCUCUUCUUAUCUCAGCGCAAAAUUGAUCACAUUGCUCGUUUUGUGGAACUUCCGGUUUUUAAUCUAUCUGAAGACAUUCCUGCUAUUCUUGUUGUAAAUAUUCAGAUUCCAUUGUACCCUAUAACAAUCUUUCAGAGUGAAAAUGAUGGAGAAGGAAUGAAUUUGGUGUUGUACUUUAAACUAUCUGAAAGUUACUCGAAAGAGCUCCCACUUCAGUUCCAAGAAAAUAUAAUAAGGUUAAUCAAUGAUGAGGUGGAGAGAGUUAAAGGCUUCCCUGUAGAUAGUAUUGCACCUUUUAGGGAAAGAUUGAAAAUGAUUGGCCGAGUGGCAAAUAUGCAGGAUCUUCAUUUAAGCACAGCUGAGAAGAAGCUCAUGAAUGCUUAUAAUGAAAAACCUGUUCUCUCACGUCCUCAGCACGAGUUUUACUUGGGAGAAAACUACUUGGAGAUUGACUUGGAUUUGCAUAGAUUUAGCUACAUCUCUAGAAAAGGCUUCGAGGCAUUUCAAGACAGAUAUAAGCUGUGUAUACUGGAUUUUGGCUUGACAAUUCAGGGAAAUAAAGCUGAAGACUUGCCGGAGAAUAUGCUAUGCUGCAUACGCUUGAAUCAAAUCAACUACAGUAAUUACCAUCAACUGCAGUUAUAGGCAAGAUUUCUCUUUUACCAUGGCAAAUGCUUAAAUCUCUUUUUUUUUUUCUUUUGCCAACCAACCAGAAGCUGAUCAAGAAUACAAUAAGUUAUUCCAUUUUAUCUUUUACUCCUUUUAAACCUUCAUUCCUCUUUCCAUUACAGUCUAGAUUUUGCGUUCAUUCCUCUUUCCAUUACAGUCUAGAUUUCACAUUGUUUUUAGGGUGAAAAUAAAUCUUGUAAGUUCUAGCAUCCAAUUUUGACAAUGACUGUAUCCUUCUUGUUUGUAUAGAAAUAUACAGAUGUAAAGUUCUCACCAAGGUGAGAAAAGGAAUAAAAGGAAAAGAAGAAAAUUUUCUUCUAUGGCCAUUGACUAUUGUUUUAACCUUUCAAUGAAACUACUUUGGACCCUUGGAUAGCAUCAUUCCUGUCUUUCCCUUUAUUCAUUGAACUAUAUAUGUUUUACAGGGUUUAUUGACAUUUAAAUCCUUAGUGCUGGAUCUUUAAGAAAAUAGUUGAUCUAUCAUUCAUGCUGGGACAAGAUUGCUGGUCAUCUGUUAGGAUUUACUGUGUUCUCUGGCAAACAUUUGAAGCAUGAUCAACAUUCUUGCUUGCAAACAAAAUAUUCUGAUAUUUUCAAUCCUAGUUCUUAUAAUCACAAUCCAGUAUUAAAUAUUGCUCAGAGAAUGCUUUCAUUGUUUGAUGUUUAUGUCAAAAGUGCCUGAUCAAAGCAUGCUUUGGUGGGUCAUGCAUGCAUAAACAACAGCAUUCAGCAUCUUUUCAGAUCCUUUGGUUCUUUUCUCUGAAUCCUGUAUGUCUGGAAUUUAUUUAUUUUCAUUUGCCUAUAACAGACUAUAACUUCUUGAACCUAAUCAUGUAUGAAUAGAAGAGUAAUGAUAGUAGAAGACAUUUUCUCAAGACAAUAAUCAUUGAAUGAAAUUUGGAAUCAAGGUUCAUUUUACAUUAUAUUCCAUAAAACAAGCAGAUUUGUUUUCAGGCCGACCAAAAGAAUAGAUUGGAGAAAUCAUGUAACAAUUUAUGGGUAAUUUUCUGGUUCAUAACGGCUAAAACUUCAAUUCUUACCAUUAAGAAAAUAAUGCAAAUCACAAUAACUGAAAAAAAGAAAAAGAAAAAGAAAAAACCAAGUAUGUGCAG